AUGUAUCGAGUUUACCGCGCAGCUAUUCUCAUGAAUGUUAGGAUCGUUAUCGGCCUGCUUUUCAUUCUGUCGUGCAUAUUACUGAACAGCGGAAGCGCGAACAAGGAUCAAUCAGAUGUCAGUGACACGAGAAAUCAAUCGAUUCUCUUUCUAUUUGGCAGCGUGCACUUCAAGAUUCACGUGCCGGAAAUCUUCAAACAUCAAAUUCACACCAAGACGGUGUUUAUACACGUUCAUAAGCCGACUGUUGCAAAAAAGACCAAACCUAAAACGGAAGCGGCGAAAACUUAUAAGGAAUCGCAUCACGAAGAUUGGAGCUCUUGGAACACUUAUGAUUAUCACAACGACCAUGAUGAUCAAACGGACGAUCACCGUGUCAUGCCCGAAAACCCAAAAGAUCUAGCGAACAAUGAGAUUCAUAACGAUAAGCAUCACAAGAAAACAAAUCUUCAUCACCAUAGACAUUCUUAUCUACCGGCUAUGCAACACGAAGAUAAGCCCAAUUAUUUGAAAACUCAACACGGUGACAUGAUGAAUUAUUCUUAUCCACAGUAUGCGGUGAAAGAGGAUGUGAAAGAAAUGGAUCGCAACAAAAUUGGGCCUUACAUGCAUAUGUACAAGGAAGGUUAUCAUAGAGGUAGUGAGUCCGCGGAUGGACGCAUCUACUCGAACGAUUUGACCAAAUUUUACGAGAACAAGCACGAAGAGGGCGAUCAUUCUGCCGAGGAGUACGAGUCGAGAGAGAAGACGCACACCGGUCGUUAUUUCGUGGAUGAUCCGGCGCAAUGA